AUGAUUCCGAUCUCCUGCAACGCCGUGGGCGAUAUUCUCGCACUGGCGACCCUCUUCCUCGACAUUGCUCGCGCUCUAGACGAAUCCCGCGGCUCUCCUGCCAAAUGGCGUGCCCUCAACUCAGAGCUCAAGUCCUUGCAUAUCGUUUUGGCAUCUGUGGCCCGUGUUGCCGAGCAUACAACGGAUACCCUUCUCCACGAUGAGAUUGUGCGCGAGGUCAAUCGGUGCAGUGAUGAUGUGCGCCGCGCGCUCGAGCGCGUGGCCGAGUUUUCUAUGCUCGGGCGCGAUGAGUCUCCCGACGAUGUUUGCAGCAUUAGAAUGAAGCGUCAGUGGUACAAGCUCAAGUGGCGCUUCUGUUACCACGGCAGCGCCGAGAGCAUCCGCGCGGAACUUGCAGCGGCGACACACCGUUUGACAGCCUACCUGGUCGUGUCCAACGCGGAUAAGAUACACAGCCUUGGCGCGUCAAUCACGGAACAGUUCACCGCCACGUCUGCGCAGAUCUGUACCUUGCUACUACAGCAGUUCGAGAUCGUCGCAAUGCGCGACGCUGGACGCUCACGCACCGUGAACGGACAUAUAGAAUCGCGACGAGGGCUUCAGCUCUCUUCGCAGAGUACUAUCGUGCCUCCCGGCUUCUUCGGGAACGUCUUCAAUGACCUGGAUAGCGGCAAGGCUGCUGCCGCUGCUCUUCUCUGCCUCGCUAUAUGCACCGUGCAUGGCACUUCGCGUGAACUUCACUCUUUGCUGCUCGUGGCUGCUUUUGGUGUUUUGAUGAGUAACAUGAAGCGAGAGACGUGCACCAUCUCAUCGGAUGUCGGAUACGGGCAGUCUAACUCGGUUCUCCUGGAUGACGCAAUGGGUCGCCAACUGGUGCUACCGAUCGAGCUAUGUGCGACAGUCGAGCUUCUGCAUGCGACCCUCGUCUCCCUGUUCUCUUCGACUUCGGGUUUCUGGUUCAUCCACUCGCGCAACUACAGGAUCCAGACCAUCUAUCAGGAUGGCUGUAGAAGUCUUCUGCCUCUCUUCGGUGAUGAACCACAGUUAGAUGGACCAUAUGUCAAACUUGUAAUGGCUGUCGCCAUAUGGGACAACAACCUACGAGUCGUGUGUCCAAUCUGUCAGUCAUCAGGUGUUGCCAGCUGGGUUCGUUUCUUGGAGUCAUUGGACAAUGACCAUUCGAUGUGCUCAUAUUGCCAACAGACAGUCUUUUUUCUCCCGUGCGGUGUUUUAUACGACUACGGUGCUGAGUUCGACGAUAAGAAAGUGGUCUUUCCGCUUGCCAAACCCACCUUUUCAGUUCAAACCCAGACCGCCAGACCGGGGAAAUUUACGCCCGAGAUUGGGGCUUCUCGAUCAACUCUACGCCAUACCGGUGCAACUGAAAGUAUCACUAGGCGUCCACACUUGGACUGGAAGAGUCAGAUCAAAGUCUUCAGGCGCAUAUACCUCUGUUCCACCGAUGGCCCUCUUGAUUCUCUUCGCGAACAGUCUACUGACUUCCACAUGGCUGCCCUGAAUGGUCACUAUGACAUCGUCUGUGACGUUCUCGAAAGGGGCAUAGACGUCAAUCUCGCCGACCCGUCGGGUCACACCGCGCUUCACUCUGCCUCUAUGGGCGGUCAUCUCACCAUUGUCGAAUUACUGCUCGAUUAUGGCGCCGUUGUCAACGUGGCUGCGGUGAAUUCAUUGACACCGGUCGCAUGUGCCUUGGCAUGCAUGAAGUUCGCAGUCGCGGAACUACUCAUUUCUCGAGAUGCUCUCUCCGGUCUUUCGCCACCUUCGCAAGCCACCAUUCUAUAUUAUGCUGCGAUGUCCGGUCAUAUUCAGGUGGUCCAGAUUAUGCUCUCACUCGGCACAGAUGUCAACACACGCGUGGCGAUUGCUAGAGGCGAGACAGCACUGCAUUCUGCAUGUGAGAACGGAGCAGAUAUACGCGCGUGCUCUGACACCGGCGUUACUCCUAUAUCAAUUGCCAUAGAGAACUGGGAUCGUAACUGGGUUGAGUUUCUCGUCCCGCCAGGAGACAUGGACAGCAUUCUGCUCAAUUGGACUGCAUGGUGGCCCAGCGAAGGAGUGGACCUGUUAGAAGCAGCCAUUGACACCAAUCUUCACAAGCUCAUUGAGACACUCUUACAAACUGGGGUUGAUGUCAAUCUGUGGUUUCAUUUCGGUCAUACUCCGCUGACAUUGGCCAUUAGUAACUGGUUGCGAUACGAAACUGCGACACUCUUGCUCGAGCGAGGUGCUGACGUGAAUGCUCCUACUCGGGAUGGUGACACACCACUCUUCUUGGCAUUAAGUGGUGUGAAACGCCAUAUUGAUUACAUCGGGAGCUCGAGCGAAGAAUGGAGUCGCUGGGCAGCGGAGGCCUAUCAGAGAUUAGUGCAGCUUCUUCUGGCCUGGGGUGCCAUACUGGAUGAGAAGUCAUCCAUGCUCCUGCAGGAGCAGCCCAGCUGGUCCAACAAGUCAUUGGGAGGCAUGUCUGACGCGGAUAUACCGGGUGCAUGGCAUGAGGACCCCUGA